ACAGUAUGUCCCGAACAUCUAGACGAUGGAACUCCAAUAUGCUGUGGCUGCGUGAGGUUCAAGACAAGUGAUGUAACAUAUAUAAAUCUUGGCGAUGGUCGGGAAACAUGUCUGGAUUGUUAUUCUACAGCAAUCUACGAUAUCCGGCAGAGUGAACAUCCCUUGAUUCCUAAAUGUCACGAAUUUUUCCUAACACUCAACAUGGACCUUCCGAACGACGUUCCUGUUUUCUUGGUGGACACGAAAGAGAUGGCCAGACUUUGUGACGGGCAAUUUCCGGGCAUGGUUUUCGGGUUAAUGUUCGAGGGCACCGUCACGAGUGUUACAAAUUGUUCAAGGAAAGGGAAUAGAAUUGUAGUGGAGCAGAUGUCGGAUGAAUGUGGAACCGGGAUAGCCAUUUUGUUCGGUUUGCCCAAGAUUAUGACACAGGCAAUCUUGACUCAUGAGAUGAUGCAUGUAUAUUUUCGAUCAAAAGGUAUCGAAUCCGGGAAACUGGAAAGGAAACUGGAAGAAGGAAUGUGUCAAGUAGUAGGUUGGAAAUGGUUGGAUUGGCUGGACAAUGAAAUUAACUCUUCAUCAUCAGCACAUAAUAGUCAUGAGCAGACUCAAUUUUUAAGGAAGUUGGUAGAAACAUACAAGUUUGUGGUGGAAAAGCACAACUCUUAUGAGUAUGGCGAAGGAUUCAGAGAGGUACAACUGGCAGUUGCAGAACAUGGCCUUCAAACUACAAUCGAUCAUCUAAUUACAGAGAAAAAGCUUCCAGAAUAG